CCGCAUUCGAACGCGAUGUGUGCACCUCUAAUCUGGAGCUGCGCGCGAGGAGGCGUGCGGCUGCCACCGCAAUUGCCUUUGAAUCGCCCAGCCCAAGAGACGGACGCCAGCCGCCGCUCGCUGCCUGCCCAGGUACACACAAACACACUCUCACCAUCUUCGCAGUUUCCUACGAGGACUAUGUCGUCGUUGUGGUCCUUCGUCCAGGAGCAGCCCACUGCCGCCGCGUACGCAGCGCUCGCCUUCAUCAUCUGGAUCGCCUACAAGAUCGCCAGCAGACCCAUCAACUAUGUCAAGGAGCUGAGCUGUGUCGGCUUCGACCCGACCCUGGAGAGCGGCUCGGCAGGGCGUUGGAAGGGCAAGAGCAGGUCCGAGCUGGCCACCGAGAUGAGCAGAAUGCGCAAGCUGGGCAACCUGCCGCCCGCUUUCCCCAAUGGCUGGUUCGCCCUCCUCGAGUCCGACACCUUGGCCAAGAGUAGGGUCAUGCACGUCGCUGCGCUUGGUGAAAAUUUCGCCGUCUUCCGCGGCGAGAGUGGUGAGGUGUAUGUACUGGACGCUUACUGUCCGCACUUGGGGGCCAACAUGGCCGUCGGGGGCUGCGUCAAGGGAGAGUCACUGGAGUGUCCCUUCCACGCGUGGCGCUUCGGCGGGAAGGACGGCCAGUGUGUUGCCAUCCCGUAUGCGGAAAAAGUGCCCGAGUUUGCCAAGGCCCGUCGGUGGCACAGCGUUGAGGUGAAUAGUUUCAUUUUCGUGUGGUACCACGCGCAAAACGAAGAGCCAACCUGGAAGUUGACUGCCUUACCGCAGCUCGCCCCUUCGCAGUGGGUCUAUAGAGGAAGAUCUGAAUUCUACAUCAGUGCUCACAUACAGGAAAUCCCGGAAAACGGAGCGGAUGUCGCUCAUCUGAACGCGAUCCACGGACCAUCCCUGCUAGCUGGCGGCACUCUGAGCACGUCUGGCUUCCUGGCCGGCGGUUCGUGGGCCCGGCACCUGUGGACGGCCUCAUGGGCGGCCCAGACGGGCCCCAAUGAGGGCCACAAGGCCAUCCUAUCGCUCGUACACGAGUUCCGACUCUUCAGCAAGUUCGCGAUGAUCAAGAUGAACGUCAACGCAGUGCAGAUCGGCCCAGGAUACGUUGAGCUGUCCGUCGACACGACCUUUGGCAAAGCGGUGAUUCUACAGAGCGUCACUCCCGUCGGGCCUCUCCUUCAAAGGGUCAUCCAUCGAAUGUACGCCGCACCCUCCAUGCCCGCACCCUUUGCCAACAUGAUCAUGCUUGGAGAGGCAAUCAUGUUCAAACGGGACAUCAUAGUAUGGAACCACAAGAAGUUCGAGGAUCGACCGCUGCUGGUGCGCGAGGACAAGGCGAUCAACCGAUACCGCCGCUGGUACUCGCAGUUCUACUCGGAAAACAGUCCGCGCCUUGGCAAAAGUCCAGACGGCUUGGACUGGUGAUUUAAUUUGCACACAUUUUUAUUAGGAAAACAAGUGCCCUCUCUUCAUAGCGUUAGUAUUAUAGCUGCUUAGCAACGAAACUUCUGCCAUAAACUGAAGACCCAGAAGUGGAUAAAAGAACAAAUUCUAAAAAAUACUAUUUACUACUUAUUAUGCAUUGACUGUAAACUGUUCUGCACUUGAACUGGAUGGGUAACUUUUUAAAAUCCUUUUUGAAAAAUAAGGAUUUUUCAAAAGUUUAGUUUCAUUUAAAUCGUUCAUUAUUUUUUUCACAAUCUCACAUGGAAAUUUUGGCACCCUUUUGUUCAAAAAGAUCAAGAAUAAUGCCUACCGUGAUUAUGACGAUUUUAUUCAUCAUAAACGAGAAAGAAACAUUUGUGAUUAGGUUGAAAGAACCAUCCAAAUAGCGGUUUGGAUUGCCUUAUCCUCAUUCAACUGACGAAUGAACACUGUGUCACAUUAUGAACUACACUCAUUUUACAAGCAUUUCUAUUUUCAUUGUGUUUUAUGUAAUUGACUUAGAAUUAAGGUGAGGAUGAUUCGUAGUUUAUAAAACCUGUAGGUAUUAAUUAAAUUAUUGGAAAGCAUAAUAGUCUUUGUAAUAAAUGGAUAAUUUUUCUAAAAUAAAUUAGGCAAUAAUGCGAGAA